CUCCCCGCCAGCAACGCCAGGCAGCACCCUCAACUACCACACCUCGGCCAUGUCUGCCCUGCGAUCGCUCAACAUGAGGCCGCCCAGCCCUACUUCGCCCACGGGCAGUGGCAUCUGGCCCUUCAGCCGCAGCUCGGCCACCAGCCCCAACAACUCGUACACGCGACACUCAUCCGGCCACACAUACGACCCGGGCUACGGCAGCGCCUACUCACACGAAGCUGCAUCUGGCGGCAUGGAGCGACCACUACCGCCACGAAACCCUGGCAGCAGCUCCAGCUCUCGGCCAAAGAGCAUCGAGCUGCUAGUCCCCAUGUUUUCACGGUGAUUUCGGACGCACCGGUGCGUUGGGGAGCUUCCUUAGCGUUGCUCCUCCUGCACCCCCUUGCCGACGACAUGGCGGCUAGCAGCAGCAGAAGCCUAUCACCGCACUGGCUAAACUGCGCUGCAGCUCUCACCGCGCCUCUCCGCACUUUUGGCUCAGAAGCAGCCAGCCGACGUUUGCGGGGUUGACAGGGAUUCGUGUUCCAGCCGACCAGGGGGUCUCACCACCAUCAACUGAUGUGCGCAACGGUCCAUCCAAGCAUCUCGGCCCCCUUUGCCUGUGCUUAUGCUGCUGGACCCCCCACGGGCUGCUCUGGACCGAGUUCUUUUCGCAGCUCUCGUCAUUGUUUUCAUUUUCGGGCGUUCUUUUUUUCAAGGAGUCGAGACAAAAGUUUGACAUUACCAUUUUCGCUUUUACCCAUUCUUAUUACUACCACUACUACUUGUGUUUCUACUUGUCACCGCCAAAGAAUGGAGGGGUUGCCUUCCCGGGGCCUUUACCAACUCUGGACGGUCUCGAUUCAUCCCCCUCAGCGCUUCUUUUUCCAUUCUCAAUCAAUAUUCCCCAAUUCUCUUAUCAGCCGCUUUCACUGUCACCUUCCACCACAUAUGGCCGAGGCCCAUCCCGGGCGUCGCUCCGAUUCCCGACUCUUAUCUACGACCUUUUAUCUUACCAAUUCUGCAUAGUACCCAUCUCCCUUAUCCCCUUAUCUUUUCCUCUAUCUCUCUAUCUCUCUAUCUCCUACUCUGUUUGUUUUACAAAAGAUUUUUAUCAUCGCCUCUAGGCACCCAAAAAUGAUGAUGUAUAAGAUGGAAUAGAUAUAAAACACGGUGUGGCUAUUUUUAAUGGACGGCGUUUUUGACAUUUGGAUUGAAAAAAGAAGCAAGAUUUUGCAUGGCAUGAUGAGACAUCUUAUUGGGGGAUUACACAGAACCCACGAAUGAAAGAUUUAAUUGAAAUACAUACAAAAACAAAUGAUAAUAUUAUUAUAAUUACCUAUCUGAAGGAA